AAAACAUGCUCAGAGACUUACGAUUUAUUUUUAUUUUAUUUUAUUAGAAUUCAAUUCUUUAUUCUUUAAACAAUAUAUAUAAUUUCAAGAUAUCACCUGCACGAAAUUUUAUAGAUUAUAUACUGUAAGAAAAUGUUAACUUUUCAAAAAGCAGGCUACCAGUAAAACAUGAAUUUUUCCAUUGAUCGUUCCGGUCACAAUAGGAUACAUAGAAAAAAAACUUAUGUUUUAGCUACAAAACUAUAUUAGAACAUAGAAAAAUGAAGACGUUUUGUGGAGAGUUAUGUAUCAACCAUUUAAAAUAAUGAUAGUUAACUCAUUUUACCUAUUUUCAGCUAAAAGCAAUGACAUAUUCGUGAUCAGCAGACACAACUGCGUCGAAUGAGCAUCUAAUUUAGCUAUUCAAAUACAAUUUUGUUUUUCUUUUCUCUUACUUCAGUCAGCAUCUACACCUCUUUACAAAAACAAGAGUAAAUGACUGACUGACUGAAAUAUUACAGUUUUGUGAAUUAUUUAAAAAUAUUAAAUAAUAUCGGAUAUUAUAACUCAAAUUUCUACAUGGGUAUUCAACGCCGUUUUUGUGUCUGCCAUUCUUAUUCUCUGAUAUGCUUUUAUGAUGUUCUCACUAAGAACAUGGGCGGGCCGCCAGCAGAUCAAUUGAGGGCAACUAUCCCUCCUAGGAAAAUAUGUUAACGGCAAUAGUUCCUUAUUACCUUGCUGUACGAAAACUUUUUCGCUUUUCCAUAACCCGUGCGCGAUAUCACAAAAUGAGCAAAAGCCACGGAAGCUAUAAGGAAGGCGCUUUUCAAAAUACAGUAUGUUAAAAAACUUAUUGCCCCUUGCUAAAACGAAAGCCCAUGAUUAAGAACACAAUAAAACAAAAUACAUUUUUAUUAUUAAAAUAACAGAUUCAAAACAUCUUUUUCGUCCAAACAAAGCUAAAAGUUAAGUCUACGUUUUUAAUUAUGUCAGUUUGUAGGGGAUUCAAAAUACUUUCUUAUGAUAUAUUACAUUUGAUUUUAACGUUUAUUAUCAGUAUAAAAGUAUCAGUUAGCUUUCAACUUUAUCUAUUUCUUAAUAAUCCUACCGACAGAAAGGGUGAAGCAGAUAUGUGUACAGUAAAUGCUUAUUUGUUUCUCAAAUACUAUAAGUCGAAUUACUAUGUCCCAUAUACCAAAUUAUAGAUGAAGAGUUCCCUAACAAAACAGCAUAUUAAACGGAUGUGAAUAAUAUAUCUGGAAAAGGCUGUGAUCGAUCGAAAAUAGGUCAUUUUUUUUACCAAAGUAAAAUAAAACUACUCUAACUCAGCAGCGAGCCAACGGUGCCAGCUAAAAAUAUCAUAUUUAUGAUCAACGCACUUAGCUCUAUCAGACCCCAUGUAUUUCUCCAAAAUUCCAGAAGGACACUUCGGAAUGUUCCCUCGUGAGAUACGUAUUUACCAACGUAACCAAGUCCACGGACCUUGUCUUACAUAUGUGCGUAUAGUCAACUAGCAUACACCUUUUGUGUUAUACACCUAAUAUAACCGAUUUUAUUCUACUCAAUUCGAGUCCAUUUUUUGUGUGAUAGUUCCAAACACACUUAAUCGGCAUCAAGGGAGAAAAAAAACAAAAGAAAAAAGAUAGACACUUGGCUACUUAAUCUUUAGAGAGCAUGCAGAAUUAGAACUACUGAAAUUUAUUCGAUUUGACUCAUUACCAUUGGGUGGUGUUCAAUUUUAUUGGAUAACUAGUGGCGCAGAUAUAAAUCGGUCAACGUUUGAUCUAGGAUUUCAAAUUGUGAAUCAUAUUAACGAUGAAUAUCAAUUGCCGAAUAAAGCAAAAAUGUUAACAAAUUUAAGAAAUUAUGAUACCAUAGGGAAAACUAUACACGGUCCAAAACCAAUGUAUUUCCGACCAUUAAAAGAAUUUGUACCACAAACAUUUUAA